AUGUUCAGCUUUCUAUGUACCAUCUAUCAGGUGUCUUCUUCGUUUCUGGAUUUCGUAUUCCCUUUCGGACUGAAGGAAGAAGCAAAAGACUUUCACUUCAGUGGCCUCAAGGGCGAAUACCGUUUAGCGUCUUACGACAAGACAUGUGUGCUACCAACUUUAGACCGUUCAGGAAGAGAUCUUCGCUUCAGCUACAAUCUGAGAUCCGUGGAACCGACGUCACGUCGGGCAACAGAUCCCUGGUCUAUCCGCCAGUGCGCUGUGUACCAUACAUUCGACGUGGAGAACGGGAAAAUGAUCUGGAUUAUCGUCAAGGCGGUAUCGCCAGAGCUACCCUCUGUGUCUUCCGAUGGCGGAGUAGACAAGGAUGACAAGUUCACUUUCAAGAACCUUCAAGCUAUACAGCAUAUAGAGGAGAAGGCGCAAGAAGCCAUGCUCGUGCUCAAGCUGAACACUGAAGUUCUUGAGCAACUGAGACUGCAUUACGAUGAAGUUGCAGAGCAUGCCGACUUUCCUCAGGAAUUGAAAGAUGGCUGCAAGGCUAAUCUUCAUCUGUUCAACAAGGGUAUAAGUGGAGUAGAGAAAGACAUGCAUAUGCUGCAGUCAAGAACUGAGACGCUGCUGCACCUUCUGGCUAAUCGCAAGAACUUGAUGAGCGGUAUACUACAGCACCGAAGCUCCAAAGCCAGCGAAUUUUACGCUAAAGAGUCCCGAGAAUCCGCGGCUCGCAUGGAGACAAUGACUGUCAAGAUGCAAGAUCUUGCUAUGAAAACGAAGCAAGAGACGGUGUCCAUGAGGGUUAUCACCACUGUGACUCUCUUCUUUCUACCAGCAACCUUCAUCGCCACUUUCAUGAGCACCGACAUUCUCAACUUCGAACAUGGUAAACAAGACCUGCAAAUGCAAGGCCUCCGGCUAUAUCUGAUGAUUGCUCUCCCUGCGACAGCUUUGACCUUUGUUGCAUGGUACUUCAUAUAUUAUUUCGCUCGAAGGGAGGCUCGGUCGAACGAUCGGUCCGAGGCUCUUGGGGAGGCCUGA